AUGGAAUUGAAUGUCUCAGAGCUCUUUAUGUUGAGAAAAAUUUACAUGGGUGGUAUGAUGUGUCCGCGCCUGUUGGCCCCCGGCGCUAUGUCCAAGAAGCCGGCGACUCAGCCGACCCUGCACAAGGUGAUCAUGGUGGGCUCCGGGGGGGUCGGCAAGUCAGCCCUCACGCUGCAGUUCAUGUACGACGAGUUCGUGGAGGACUACGAGCCCACCAAGGCUGACAGCUACAGGAAAAAGGUGGUGCUGGACGGCGAGGAGGUUCAAAUCGACAUCCUGGACACGGCGGGCCAGGAGGACUACGCCGCCAUCAGGGACAACUACUUCCGGUCCGGAGAGGGCUUCCUGUGCGUCUUCUCCAUCACUGAGCCGGAGAGCUUCGACGCCACGCAGGAGUUCAGGGAACAGAUCCUGCGCGUGAAGAACGACGAGAACAUCCCGUUCCUGUUGGUGGGGAACAAGUCGGACCUCGGGGACAAGAGGCGGGUGCCGCUGGACGCCUGCCGUGAGCGAGCGGCCGCCUGGCGCGUGCCCUACGUCGAGACCUCCGCCAAGACCAGGGAAAACGUUGACAAGGUGUUCUUCGACCUGAUGCGCGAGAUCCGCUCCCGCAAGUCGGACGACAGCCGCGCCACUAACGGCGACGUGAAGGGCAAGCGUCGCAGGAGGAUGAAGUGCGCCAUAUUGUAG